AUGAUUUCAUUUAGCAAAUAUAAAACAUCUGAAAUAUCAUCCAGCGUAAAUUAUGUCUCUCGUUUUUACAAUCAGAACUUUCUUGCUUAUUCUCCUCAUCAUGAUCUGUUAAUAUUUAUUGAGCCCAAACAUCAAUUGCACGUAUACAAUGCACAAACCAUUCGUCUGAUUGUAAAUUUACCAACUUCGAAUAUUAUUUUUGCUACAUCAUGCACAUCAUUAUCAAUGAAUGAUCAUCGUGAUGUGUUUUUCGUAUAUGAAUCACAUUUAGAAUCAAAUAUUCUAUUGCUACGUGUUUGUGAAAUGAGUUUCAAUAAAAUUAUACUGCAAUUUGAAGAGAAGAUUUGUGUUCAAACAUUAAAAAUAUCUUCAAAUAAAACAGAUAUACAAGUUACUGGUUUUACGAUAAAGCGUAAUCACGCUGGAACUGAAAACUCGAUAUUAUUUAUAUCGACGGACAUUGGUCUUAUCUAUACUAUAUUUAAAACAUAUUCUGGUAUAUUGAUUAAUGAACCUGCUAUUUUAACUGAUACAUUGAAUGAAGGAAACGUGGUUACUACUUCAUCUGGUAUAAUCUAUUAUGCUAACAAACAAGAAAAUACAAUUCAUGAAUUGCGUAUAACACACGAUUUCCGUAUACGAUAUGGAAAAAUAAUUAAAAGUAAUGGUAUCAAAUCUCCAUUUGGUUUACUGACAGAUGAAUGUAAUCAUUUAUUUAUAACAACAAGAGCAUUGAUAUUUAUAAUGUCUCUUCAAAAAUAUGCAACAAUACGUAGUGUAUCUUCAAAAACAUCAUAUCUACCGAUAACACUUGAAAGAUUGAAUUCGACUUUAUACGUUUAUACUACAGUUAGAACGGAUGCUGAAAAAAAACCAUCCAAUUGGAUGUUUCAUUUUCUUUCGUUUAUUGAUCCCGAGAAACCAGUAUUCAUUAGUCAGCCCCCGGUUGUCAAUACAAAACAAUCAUGGGACUUCUCGUCGAUAAAAACGAACACUGCACAAAUAUAUACCCCUUUCGCUUCUACAUCUACUAAUAUCGACGAAGAAACUUCUAUGACAACGCCAAGUGAUUCAACAACAUAUGAAACUUCUAUGACGACGCCAAGUGAUUCAACAACAUACGAAACUUCUGUGUCAUUAAUGGAAUUUCAAAAGAAUUCAUCGAAUGGUAAUAUACCUUAUGAUGUAAACACGACGAUCAAUUCUUUAGAAUUAUUAAUAGCUGCUAACGCGUUUACAGCGGGUUUUCCAGAUAAAAAAGAUGAUCUAUCGCUCAACGAAAUUACCUUACUUCAAACUAAUAUAACACAAGAAUUAUUAGCAAAUUCUAGCUUAUAUCCAGAAAGCACGUUCUAUUCAACUGAUCCUAGUGAAACAGUUUCGGUAACAUCGUCAGAAAUAUUAGAAUCUAACAGUCAAAAUCUAACUUUUGUGAAUUCGCUUACAACAUCAAAUAUUAUUGAUGGCGACACUACUUCAGUAGACAAUAUAACGAUAUCAACGGGCACAUUCGAUGAAUAUACUCAGUUUUCAACGUUGAACUCUACCUUCACUGCAAUUACCAUGCUGAGUACAGAUGAUAACGACCAAGAUUUUGACGAGAAAAAUAGGCAAGAUACUUCAGAAAUCAAUGAAGACAAGUCAACUGUUCCAUUAUCAUUACCAAGUGAGAGUGAGAAUGGGUAUUUAUAUUCGUCAACAAUAACUCCACCUAAUGAAUCGAUUUCAUGGAUAGAAAACGCAAGCAGUACUACAAGCUUCAACAAUGACUCGAACGAUAGUCUUAGUGAAAAAUUCCCGGCAAUCACAUACCAACCAAUGAAUGAGACAGAAAACUCAACAUCAUUCAUGACAGUUACUGAUGUCGUCAAUCAAGAGAUGACAUUGGAAAUGAAUCAAAACAAUGCUUCAUUGCUGUCAAUAGAUGCUAAUGUAUCAGCUACCCUAUACUCAUCAUCACCGUUUAUUGCAUCUAGUACAGUUUCUAUUUCCACAAUGCAUUCUUCAUUAUCAUCAUCACUUCACCGUUCACAUUCACUUCUGAGCACAAAGCCAACUAAAGUUAAUCGAUUAUCAACUUCAAGAGAAUUCCUAGCAACAACUCAACUAAUAUCAGCGUCAACUACUGCAUCACAAAUGACUGAUCCUGUCCAUGUGACAGAUAUCACUAAGAAAAGUUCCACUAGUGCUUUCUCUGAAGAAUCUUCUUCUUUGCCAACUACUACUACUACGACGACGACGCAUAAUGAUAGGUUCACAUCUAAAUUUUCAACCAUCGUCUCUAACGAAUCACUGACGUCUACAACAUUUUUAGAACCAAGUACUAUUGAUUAUACGACACUGAAAACUUCGAAUGAUGACGAGAGUCUUGCAGUUACCACUGCUCAAAUAUUUGAAGCAACAACCGAGCUAUCAACAUUGUCGUCAUCGACUACAGACGAACAUUCUACGCUCGCUAUAACUUAUUCAUCAACCAAAUCGAGUAGGAGUUCUACAAAAGAAUUCGAUACAUAUCGAACUCGUAAACGUAAAAACUCGCGUAGAAAAUCACGAACAUCAACGAUUACUACAAAUGUUGCAUUCGUGCAAACAACCAAUGUACAUCAUAGCAUGUUAACUUCUACUCUAUUCUCUAUUUAUCAUUCAAAUUUAACAUUUUCUGACCACACAACGUUUAUAAUCAAACCUUCCUUAACAACAAAUAUACUUCUAUCGAAUGAAUUAUUUAAAGAAUUAUUAAAUAGUACAAGUAAUUAUUCGACUGAAAAAUGUAUUUAUCUCAAUUUAAUCGAUAUUCCACCAUCAUCAUGGAAUCUUUCAUUAAACACCACUGAAAGUGUUGUUCUAGAUAUAGCAUUACCACCUUCUUCUCAUAUGACCGGAAUCACGAAUUUAACAAUGGGUGAUAUUGAAGCGAAUCACUUAUCGACAAAUAUUAUUGGCUUACCUAUUAAUUUACAAGUUGAUAACGUACAUGCAAGCAAAUUUUCAUUAUCAAUGAAUCAAACAGAUAAUAAUGUCAAUCAAUUGCCAUCGAAUUUAAUCAUCGGCCGUAUUAAGGCUGAACAAUUUGAAUUAAAUUUGAUAAAGUCAGAUAAUAUGGAUAUAAACGUUCAACAAAUUGAUUCUGAAACAGCUGAUAUUUAUUUGGACAGUCAAUUUUGUGCGAAUGACAAUACUUUAGGAAUAAAUUUAAAUCUUACAAAAAAUGGAACUAUUCGUUAUGGUAAUCAAAAACCGAUUCAUAUAGGACCAGUUGUUACUCGAUUGAGUAUGCCUAAACAAUCAUGUGGCCUUGAUCAGCCGUUAAAAUUUUUUUUUGAUAUAUGCCAAACGGAAAGUCCAUGUUUAAAUGGUGGUACUUGUACAUCUCUUAUGCCGGAUUAUGAUAAAGAAUCUUCUGAUGAACAAUCAACAGAAAUCCGUUAUCAAUGCAGUUGUCCAUUGGAUAUAUCAGGUGACCAUUGUCAAUAUUUAAAAUAUCCAUUUGGCUUUUGUACAAAUGGUGGAACUUUAAUUGAAGUCGUUGGCUUAAAUAAUAAAAAAAGUGAACAAUGUUUGUGUCCAGAGGGUUUUCAGGGCGAUUUCUGUGAAGAUAAUAUUGAUGAUUGUACAAAUAUAAAAUGUUCUCAUCAUGGUAUAUGUAAAGAUGAUAUGAAUUCGUAUAAAUGUUUAUGCUUUGAUGGAUAUUAUGGAAAUCAAUGUGAAGAAAGAAGUGUGCAAACAGUUUUAUUCCAAAUUGCAACUAAAUCCUUUGCUAUUGUAGCAAUUUUAUUAAUUGUUUCUAUUGCUUGUCUUGCUAUUGCAUGUGACAUUCAUACUUAUUUAACAAGACACAAACAAGUACGAAAACAUAGAUUAAAUAAAAUUCGACAUACUACAUCCAGAGAAUUUGAAAAUUCGGUUUGUUUGCUUGAUGUUAGUAAUGCACUUAUUGAAAUGAACGAUUUAUCCACUAUGGAAGAAAGAAGAAAAUCAAGAAGCCUAAAACAUUGUUCAAAAUAUUUAAGAAAUCAAUGUGGCUACCAACAAAUUUCAAUAAACAAACACAUUAAAACAUCAUCGCAGCAAUUAUCCGAACAUUAUAUAUCAUUAGAUCCAAUAGAUAAAACAAUUUUAUGA